AUGGCACCUCGCACAUCGCUCAAGACGCUCGCGUCACGACGCCGGAGAGCCGACGGAGACGAGGACGAGGAAUCCAUUGCCGGCGUCGACGACUCACAAAGCGAGGCUUCGGUAGCUAGUGACCUCGACGACACGGCCGAUACGUUAGAUGCCGAUGCCGACGCCAGCGAGUCUAGUGAUGCCGAUAGUAGCGCACCACCACCCAUCGACACGACCGUGGCCCAAUCUGUUGGGCCUGGCAAGACUGGACGAACGCGUUCGAAGAAGUCCAAAAGCACAAAGACUGACAGGCCAGCCCCGAACGUCAACGGAGACGACCUUGUCAAACAAGAGUCAGGAACUGGAGACUCCGAGGUAUCAGCCAAUGCGGCUGGCGCACCCAUCGUCUCGUCCGAGAGUGGUCCGGCAAGAAGAGGAGAAACAGUAGCGGAUCGUCGAAGGCGAGAACAUGAUGACUACCGGAAGAAGCGUGACACGGAUCCUACCUUUAUUCCCAACAGGGGUAACUUCUUCAUGCAUGAUGCUCGUACAUCAGACCGGCGAGGCUUUAUCCGUGGCAGAGGCAGGGGAAGAGGCAUUCCCCAACCUCCUACCGGCCAUAUGCCGCAAGUAGAGCGGACGGCUGAUGCGCCAUGGACCCACGAUCUCCACGAAACAAUCAACGAACGCGGUGGUGGUGGAGGAUUAUCUACUCGUCAAAGACCGUCGCAAGUCCCUGAAAACAACCUCGACAGCGUCUCUCGAGGCGCUGUCGCGAUUCAGCAAAAGCCCUUGAACUUUUCGAAGACGACGCAGAUUGGCAGUGUGCAGAUCCGCGUCUGGAUACCUGGCAUGGCCGCUGCUGUCCCUUUUGCCGCUGUUCCUGUAAGAUCACACACUCGACUGCCCGAUCACAGGCCUCCUCUCCGUCGUGACAAGCCUGUCCGCGUUUCGCUCCCUGAUCAUCCCGUACGAUAUGUCUUCCCGGCUGUUGAGCGCUCCUUCAUCUUCAUUCCUAGAGCACUGCGACCCAACCAGCAAGGCUUUGGCAAAGCAAGAGGUAGUUUUGGUGCAUAUGGGGCUCCAUCAAGCAGACGGCCUAGUCUCUACGGUGGUAGCGUGUACUCACAAGCCAUGUCCAUGAGUCGCAGAUCCUCGCUGGCUCGUGAAGUGCCCAGAGACUCGGCCUUCUCUCCCACCAAUUCCUACACCGCUCGUGCUCCUGCAGGACCUGGUCGACCAGUCGUGCGCUUGCCCCAAGCUGGAUCGCAUCGUUCCUCGAACCCCUCACCAGCCGGUUCUUCUUACAGCCGUUCAUAUCCUCAUUCUUAUCCUCGGCCUCAAACGCCGGCCGUCGAACACUGGGCCGAACCAGACACUGUACAUCAGCCUCGCCCCCAAAAGACCAUAUCCAUGACCGGGAUAGAGUCCCCUGCAGGGCUGGCUCUGCACGCUCCACAGCAGCAGGAGCAACAACCAUUCCAUAAUCAGCUGCCUCAGCACAUUGCAGAAGGUAGUAUCAGCACUUUGUCGACGUCUUCCGAUAUGGCACCCCCUCCAUUGGGUCCUCCAACGUACAUGUACUCCGGCGGCACACCACUUUCCAACAUUCCAGAGAGGGCAGUUCAUGCACAGCCGUUCCAGCCUCCUGUACCUAAUUACUAUCCAUCAUAUGCUCCGCCUGGAUACUACUAUUCGGGCCAGCCCACACAAUACGGUGCCAUGCCGCCCUAUGCCCCACCAACAGCACAAGCAAGUUACGCGCCUGCUGAACCGCCUAUGACGAGCGAUCCUCAGCAGGGUACCAUGGCGCAUGAGAGUAAUGGCAUGGUCUAUUACACACAAAUGGCACAACACGCACCCCAGGACAACUAUCUACAGGCACAAAGUUAUGCUGUUCACGGGAUGGGUGGCAUGAUGACACCGAGUCCAGAAGGUGGCUAUUACUACGCAAACCCCAGACCGAUGUUCUACCCUCAAGCUCAAUAA